UAUCACAGCGCGGUUUCCUAGUUCACUGCUCAUGUGGCAAUGAGCCUUGACUGCUUUGCCGGCUGCCGAAGACUGGACAGCCUCUGGCGAGCUUUCGUGAAGAAGCCGUGCAAUGCGCGAGGACUGGAGAUGGCGCGGGACUUCCAAGCCAUCUGAGAUUUGGUCAUGCUGCGGACUCACGAAAGCGGAGGUGGAGAGAUACGGGCGGCAGAUUGUCCUUCCCAGCCUGGGGCCUGAGGGCCAGAGGCAGCUUCUUCAAGGAAGUGUCCUCAUUGUUGGAGCUGGUGGUCUCGGUUGCCCCGUUGCGCUGUACCUUGCUGCAGCAGGCGUUGGGCGCCUGGGCAUCGCGGACGCGGACACGGUGGCGGUGAGCAACUUGCACCGGCAGAUAGGGCACAGCUGCGGCGGGGCGAAGGCGAAGGCGAGGAAGGCGGAGUCCUUGGCGCGGGCCUGCGCUGCGUUGAACGACGCGGUGCGCCUGGAGCCCCACCCGGUGAGACUCAGCGAGCUCCAAGCGGCCGCUCGCCUCAUGGCCGGCUAUGAUCUGGUGGUAGACUGCACUGACGCGCCGCCGAGCCGGUACCUGCUGAACGACGCUGCUCUGUCGGCGUCGCGGCCGCUGGUGGCGGCAUCUGCUGUGGGGCUGAGCGGACAGCUGGUCAUCUACAACUUUGAGGGCGGCCCCUGCUUGCGGUGUGUGUUCCCAGUGCUGGUGUCACCGGCUGACGCCGAGCCCGUGGCAUCCUGUGAGGAGAACGGGGUUUUGGGUCCCAUUGUUGGCACAGUGGGCUCCCUUGCCGCGCUUGAGGUGAUCAAGGUGCUGGCCAAGGGCUCGAAGCUCCACAACGCUUGUCUUAGGGGCAAGAUGCUGCUGUUUGAGCCGAUGAGCACACUGCAGCCUUGCCGAAGCGUGCGCAUCCAUAGGCAGCCGACGUGCAAGGGCUGCGGCGGUGCCCAGGACGCGCCCAUGCCCCCUGGCUGUGCUGUACAACUGGAGGAUGAGUCCGUGGGCAUUUCCCCUGACGGCCUGCGGGAGCGCCUCGCGGCUGGACGGCCCACUCUGCUGCUGGAUGUGAGGCAGCCAGCGCACUUUGUGGUGACUUCCUUGCGGGGUGCGGUGAACUGGCCUCUGACGCAGAUGCUCCAGCAGUCUCGCGAGGAACGCGGUGCGAGAAUGAACUCGACCCUGGAAGAGCACGGGCUGCCGGAGACCAUCGUUUGCCUGUGCCGGCGGGGAGUGGACAGCCUCACUGCCACGAUGCUGCUUCGCGAUGCCAGCAUUCCCGCGCUGAACCUGAGCGGAGGUUUGCAAGCGCUGGCACUGGCGGAGCCUGAGCCGCCUGCGCUGACUUGAAAGCCCCAGGCUGCUGCUCGAGACC